AUGAUGACUGUUGUGGAUAUUAGAGAGAAGUAUAUUAGUGCUAAUCAAGGUCAUUUGUUUGGCCAUUUUGAUGGGCUGGGGGCUGACGAACAAGAUGAAUUGAUUCAUGAUUUGAGUUCUGUGGCUCAAAGAGUCGAACCUACAAAGUUGGUCAAGGAUUGUAAAGAUGCUAUCCAGUUAUCAAAGGCUAAUGGUAGCAAUAAAGGCUCGAUUGAGCCUUUACCUUCUUCUUCUUACCAUUCCAUCAUUGGAAAUGAGUCAGCCGAAAGAGAAUAUUGGGACUUGGGUAUGAAAGCUAUUUCAAAUGGUGAAGUUGCUGUAAUUUUAAUGGCUGGUGGUCAGGGUACCAGAUUGGGUUCUUCUUUACCAAAAGGCUGUUACGAUAUCGGCUUGCCUUCUCACAAAUCUCUGUUCCAGAUUCAAGCUGAGAAAUUAAUUCGUCUACAAAAUUUAGCAGGAACUAAUAACUCUAUCCAAAUCCCAUGGUAUAUUAUGACGUCAGAACCUACCCGUAAAUCAACUGAAGCUUUCUUUAAGGAAAAUUCUUAUUUUGGUUUGGAGGCAUCUCAAAUUAUGUUCUUCAACCAAGGUACUUUGCCUGCUUUCGAUUUGAAUGGUGAAAAACUUUUGUUAAGUUCUCCAACUAGAUUGGUUCAAUCUCCAGACGGUAACGGUGGAUUAUAUAGAGCUAUCAAAGAUAAUAAUAUUCUACAAAAUUUUGAAAAACGUAAUAUAAAGCAUGUCUACAUGUAUUGUGUGGAUAAUGUCCUUUCAAAAGUGGCUGACCCUGUCUUUAUUGGGUUUGCUAUUAAGUACGGAUUUGAAUUAGCUACCAAAGCGGUUAGGAAAAGAGAUGCUACCGAAUCUGUGGGUUUGAUUGCUACAAAGGAUUCCAAACCUUGUGUCAUUGAAUACUCAGAAAUAUCAAAAGAGCUGUCAGAGGCUAAAGAUGAUCAAGGAUUGCUAAAAUUACGUGCUGCUAAUAUUGUUAACCAUUAUUACUCAGUUGAUUUAUUAAAAAAAUCUUUAGACAGUUGGUGUGGUGACAUGUCCUACCACAUUGCUAAAAAGAAAAUACCUAUGUAUGAUAAUGCCACAGGUAAAUACAUCAAAACUGAAGAAGCAAAUGGUAUCAAAUUGGAACAAUUCAUCUUCGAUGUCUUCCCAACUGUACCACUUGACAAGUUUGGUUGUCUAGAAGUCGAAAGGUCAAAAGAAUUCUCUCCUCUAAAAAAUGCUCCAGGUUCGAAGAAUGACACCCCAGAAACAAGUCGCUCCUCUUACUUAGAACUGGGCUCAUCUUGGUUAAAAGAUUCAGGUGCUAUUUUAAAAGAAAACGUAUUAGUUGAAGUCUCAGGUAAGAUUAGUUAUGCUGGAGAAAACCUUGAGCAAUACAAGGGUAAAAUGUUUGAUUCUGAAGGAGCCAUCUUAGAAUAA